GCUGCAACAACUUCUCUCUCUACUGCAACAACUUCUCUCUCUACUGCAACAACUUCUCUCUCUGCUGCAACAACCUCUUUUUCAUCCCUCUGCUGCAAGUAUCUUUAUCUAUCAACCCGUUGAUUAUCUCUCUUUUUCUCAAAUUGUGUCUAUCUCACACUGAGAAUCUCUGUCUCCAUCUAUCUAUCUCGGGUCUUUUCCAUUGAGAAAGUAUCUAUCUCUCUCUGUCUCUGUGCAAUUCAAUCUUUUGGUUUGCUUGAUUAUUAAUCCGGGAUAAAUCUGAUUCGUGAAGAGACUAGAGAGAAGAUGGUUUUCUAUUUCAAGGCAAGGCCAGAGGCUGGGGACUACACAAUAUUCAUGGGUUUGGACAAGCACGAGAAUGAGGAGCUUAUCAAAUAUGGGUUCCCUGAAGAUAUAUGGUUCCAUGUUGAUAAGAUGUCAUCUGCUCAUGUUUACGUAAGAUUGAACAAGGGUCAGACAAUUGAUGAUAUUAGUGAAGGUUUACUGGAAGAUUGUGCUCAGCUUGUUAAGGCAAAUUCCAUUCAAGGUAAUAAGGUAAACAACGUAGAUGUUGUGUAUACCCCAUGGUACAACUUGAAGAAAACUCCUUCUAUGGAUGUUGGGCAAGUUGGUUUUCACAAUCCCAAAAUGGUUCGUACAGUGAGGGUGGAGAAGCGCAUAAAUGAGAUUGUAAAUAGAUUGAACAAGACAAAGGUUGAAAGGAAGCCAGAUCUGAAAGCCGAACGGGAAGCUGUUAAUGCUGCAGAAAGAGCAGAGAGGAAACUUCAACUGAGAGACAAGAAACGACGUGAAGAGAUGGAGAGACUUGAAAAGGAGAAACAGGUGGAGAUACGGAGCUACAAGGGUCUCAUGGUUUCAGACAAGAUGACUUCCAACAAGCAGAUUGCUUCAACAAACAAAUCUCUGCAGGAGCUCGAAGAAGACUUCAUGUGAGGUACUCAUGCAUGAUUAUCACCAUGAACGGGGUGACUAUAAUCGACACAUGAGCUGGACCAUGAAUCUGGUAAAUGUAAUCCAUUAUUGAUUGCUGUUUCCAUUGGUCUCUUUUCACCUGAUUUUCAAUUGUGAGUUUUACUGAGACUUGUGAAUUAUGGGUAAGUAAUGUAUAAUCCCCACCAUUGGGCAUAAUGAACAUUAAUUUGGGCUCAUUUGGUGGCUCUAAAUGGUACUUUACCAGAGCUAACUGGUAAUUUUCUUAUCUCUAUUUUACUAAACUGCUUUUCUCCU